AUGCCCGGUUAUGAUUGCAACCGAUUUGUUAAUCUAAGUCCAUCGGAUAGGGAUGAGCUAACAUGUAGUAUAUGUCUGAACAUUAUUUGCUGUCCAGUUAUAGCCCAGUGUUGUCUCCAAACAUUUUGCAAAGACUGUAUCAACAAUUGGCUGUCGACUAACAAUACCUGUCCGUAUGAUAGAAAAACACUUACUAAGGAUGCAUUAACCCGACCACCCAGAGUUAUGGUUAAUAUGUUGGGAAAACUUCAAAUCAAAUGUGAUUUCCGGGAUAACGGUUGUACUGAAGUAAUAAUAUUAGAGUAUCUGACAAAUCAUUUAAACAAUUUAAACAAUCCAUUAAACAAUCAAAGAGAAGAGUCUUUGUUAAGAAAAAUCAAUGAAUUAGAGGCCGAAAGAGAAAACUUAUUAAAAACAAUUCAAGAUUUAAUAAACAGUCAACAAUUGACUACAAGUUUGAGUAAUGUUCGGCUAACCAAAAAUACAGUUAACUUACCAUCGGUAUCAUCACCGCAAUCAAUUGACUUAUCUGAUAGCUUUAUCUAUAUAUGCGGUGGAUAUGAUGGGACAUCACGAUUGUCUGUAUGUUAUAAAUAUAAUACACAAACAAGUGUUUGGCAAUCAAUACAAUCCAUGUCCACUCCAAGGGUUGAGUUUAGUUUGAUUUCAAUGGAUUCAAAAUUGUAUGCAAUCGGCGGUUGUAAUGGUAAAAACAAUUUGAAUAGUGUUGAAACAUAUGAUACACAAACAAAUCAAUGGAAAUCAAUUGCAUCGAUGAGUAUAAUACGCAGUGGUCAUGAUGCAACUGUAUUAGAAAAUACAAUAUAUGUAUGUUGUGGUUACAAUGACAAUACUAUAAAAUCAUGUGAAUAUUAUUCGCAAAAUAAUAAAGAGUGGUCUUUUGUAACACCAAUGAGUCACAAAAGGAAUGGUCUGGCACUGGUAGCACACAAUGGAUUUAUAUAUGCUAUCGGAGGUAAUAAUGGUAAAGAAUAUUUAAAUACAAUGGAAAGAUAUGAUACAAAAACACAACAAUGGCAACCAAUGGCUAAUAUGACAAAUACUAGAGGUUAUUUUGGUUCAGCAUCAUUUAUGGGUAAAAUAUAUGUUUGCGGCGGUGAGGGUAAUAGUGAUGGGAAAUCAUGCGAAACAUAUGAUCCAAAAACAAAUCAAUGGACACAAAUUGCAUCAAUGCUUUUAGAAAGAGCUGGUUUUAAAUUGAUUGCAUUUAAUAAUAAAUUAUAUGCAUUGGGUGGACAAACAAAUGUUAUAGCCCAGUGUUGUCGACAAACAUUUUGCGAAGACUGUAUCAACAAUUGGCUGUCAACUAACAAUACCUGUCCGUAUGAUAGAAAAACACUUACAACUGAGGCAUUAACCCAACCACCCAGAAUUAUGGUUAAUAUGUUGGGAAAACUUCAAAUCAAAUGUGAUUUCCAGGAUAAGGGUUGUACUGAAGUAAUAAUAUUAGAAUAUCUGACAAAUCAUUUAAACAAUUGUCGAUACAAUCCAUCAAACAUUCAAAGAGAAGAGUCAUUGUUAAGAAAAUUAAUGAAUUAG